AUAGUUGGUUGUAUCUUGUUUAACGUCCCACUCGAGAAUUUGGAGACGUCACCAUUGCUGGUGAAGGGUUGUAUGAUUUAGGCCUAUGCUCGGCGCUGAUGGCCUUUGAGUAGGGAGGGAUCUUUAUCGUGCCACACCUGCUGUGACACCGGCCUCGGCUUUUGCGAUCUCAUACGAAGGACCUCCCCAUUUAGUCGCCUCUUACAGCAAGGGAGGGUUACUAAGGACAUAUUCUAACCCUUAUCCCUUCGUUAACAUACCUUAGGUGAAGUGACAAUGAUAUAUAUUUGUGGGUAUUUUUUGGAAUGAAACUGUACUGCAUGAUGUGAAAGUAAAACUUCUGAGUCAGAAGUUUACUUUAAGGGAAAAGGGUCAGUUAAAAUUCAGAAGUUAGUACAUGUAAUUUGGGUAAGAUUCUAUAAGCAAACUUAAUAGAGUGGUACAUCCUUGAAUCCGCGUUGUCUGUACUGUAAGUAAUCAUAAGGAAUCCUUCUGUUUAGUUAUGGAGCUUAUAGGUGUGAUAGAUACAUUGAAACACGGGGUAUGCGAUUCUUUAAUACCAAUUUCUUUGUUGAAUUUAGCAUUCAACUUAAUAUACAUGUAUCUGAAUUAUAUGAAUAAAUAUACAAAAAUAAUUAAUGAUGUCAUAUUUUCAUAAUGAAUAUGAAAUGUUACAUCUAUUCUAUAAAUGGUGUUAUAUUUUUGGUUUACCCUGUAGCUGCACUUGGCUGUUUUUUGUUACGCACACCUCGGUAGUUCUCAUUGAGUGAUAUACCAUAUCAUACGUAAAUCAUUAUAAGUGCUCGCCUGAUCACUUAAUUUCGGGAAAUCACGUUAAAAACUGCGUUGAGACUGUGAAUUGAAAUCAUUGGAUUUAACAAUAUGUGAUUCUGAGUUUACCAGUGUGAAGAAGAACCACUUUCAAAAUGAUCCGUAAUAUAAGCAUCUUCCUUCAGUUGGGGUAUAUAGUUUCUGUAGUUUUAUCAUUGAGUAUUGGAGUCGGUAAAAUUGUACAGCGGCAAGAAAAACCAGACAGGGUACGGCGUUCAACCCAAGAUGGCGGCGAGUUACCACCCCUGCCAAUGACAAGUAGGUCAAGACAAGGAGGAGGAAGUCAUCAAUCCGGAUACGGAAGUGACGCUUCGGGGAUUCAAAUCCCAAACUUUGAACCUGAAUAUCGCUCAUACGACGUUUCACAAGGACAAAGAAGUUCAAGCCAGUCAGGUUCUCAGAGCAGCGGGGUGUACAAUAGUCGACCAGAUAAUUCUUAUACACCUAGCACAAACAGACAAACAGUGUACUCUUCAGGUGGCACUACCUAUAGCAGUUACAACCCUGGUAAUACAGGUGGCGGAUCUGUUAUUCAGAGGGGCGGCAGUAGCUACCCCUCUGGGAGUCGUUCCGUGGUCUACCCCGCAAGCAGAAGCAGGGCAAAUGUUCCUAACACGGGAGUUAUGUCUAAUGACCCGAAUUGUCCGGCGGCUAGCGGUUAUGAUGUUUAUAUUAACGGAUUAAGGUGCAACGAAGCUGUCCGUAAUUUGGGAAAGUUUAUUUGCUACACGUAUGAAAGGGCUUCUAGGGAAUGUUGUCAAACAUGUCUUGCUGUUAAACAAAGUUACAAUACAGGAUGCGAGUAUGGCGACCGCAGUUACCAAUGUAGAAACAUAGAGCCAUUUGACUGUUACGUGGCUAGGACUAGGGACAUCUGUUGUGACCGAUGCGCUCAGUUCUUACGACAGCUUAACACAGGGGUUGCAAACUGUGCCUAUGGUGACCUGACGCCCCGCUGCACCGUUGUCAACCAAAAGCGCCACCUUUGCUACUUACCAGAGAACCAACGACUCUGUUGCAUAACCUGUCCACGGGUAGCGACUGACUCCACGCCAGGGUGUCGGUGGGGCGAUCAGAACCCGGAACUCUGUACACCAUACACUCCCAACGGUUUGAUGAGGAUCAACUGCUACCAGAGUUCCGUCAAUCAGGUGUGCUGCAGAACUUGUGAACACAUCAAGAACAGCGUCAGAAGCCCCGUGGCAGGUUGUGAGUACGGAGACAAGCCCGUAUCGAUAAACACGCCGAGGGGGACAUUGAAUUGUGCAGAUUACCUUCAUUACGCCGGAGAAACUGCUUGCAAUGACAGUGAAAUCAGAAGCUAUUGUUGUCAUACCUGUUACAGGUACCGACAGGCCCGAGCAGGAAGCAGCGGACAGUAAAACCGAUCGAAGCGAUGGUGGAAAUUGGAUUUUCAAGCUUGGAGGCUUUUCACAUCGUUUGAUAAGCGUGAACAAACCAAAAACAAAAAUCUAUUUGGACAUAUUUUAGUCCAAUACCAUUGUACUGUAUACUGUAUUUAGGUAUAUCCUAGAUUUAUGACGUCAUGACGUACAAUUGUCUGUUUACAUCUGAUUGGCAUGCUCAAUUAAGAAUUUUAAUCAAAGUUAUUUAUACCACAUUUACUUUAACCAGUUACAUUGUAUUUGUGAAAGUUUUUCAUCCGUUUUCAGAUUUGUAAUAAAUUACACAUACACACACAAA